GAUGGCGGCGGCGGCUGGGGCGCGGAGCCGCCGGAGGGGGAGGGAGAAGGAGAGUCUGUGAGACGCUGGGAGGCAGCGCGGCGGCGGCUGUAAGGAGUCCGCGUGCGGAGCCGCCGGCGACUCGGGCCUGGGGGCGGCCUGGCCUUGGACUGGAGAGGCCGGAGCGGUGCCAGGAGCUCCGAGGCCGGAGCGGAGGAGGAAUGUGAGCAGGGGUCGGCGGGGGCGCGGGAGUACGCGAGCGGCGGGAUGGGGCAGCAGGUGGGCCGCGUCGGGGAGGCUCCCGGGCUCCAGCAGCCGCAGCCGCGCGGGAUCCGGGGCAGCAGCGCAGCCAGGCCCUCGGGCCGCAGGCGGGACCCGGCGGGGCGUACCGCAGACACCGGCUUCAACGUCUUCACCCAGCACGAUCACUUUGCCAGCUGUGUGGAGGAUGGAUUUGAGGGAGACAAGACUGGAGGCAGUAGUCCAGAAGUCUUGCACCGUCCCUAUGGCUGUGACGCUGAAUCUCAGGCACUGAAUGAAGCCAUCAGGUGGAGCUCCAAGGAGAACUUGCUGGGAGCCACUGAGAGUGACCCUAAUCUCUUUGUCGCACUUUAUGACUUUGUGGCAAGUGGUGAUAACACACUCAGUAUCACUAAAGGUGAAAAACUACGAGUCCUUGGUUACAACCAGAAUGGCGAGUGGAGUGAAGUUCGUUCCAAGAAUGGACAGGGUUGGGUGCCAAGCAACUACAUCACUCCAGUGAACAGCCUGGAGAAACAUUCCUGGUACCAUGGACCCGUGUCCCGCAGCGCAGCGGAGUAUCUCCUCAGCAGCCUUAUCAAUGGCAGUUUCCUGGUUCGAGAGAGUGAGAGCAGCCCUGGGCAGCUGUCCAUCUCGCUGAGGUACGAGGGACGUGUGUAUCACUACAGGAUCAAUACCACCACAGACAGCAAGGUGUAUGUGACUGCCGAGAGCCGCUUCAGCACCUUGGCAGAGCUUGUUCACCACCACUCUACAGUUGCCGAUGGGCUGGUGACCACACUGCACUACCCAGCCCCCAAGUGUAACAAGCCCACCGUCUAUGGUGUGUCCCCGAUCCAUGACAAAUGGGAAAUGGAGCGAACAGACAUUACCAUGAAGCACAAACUCGGGGGCGGUCAGUAUGGAGAGGUUUAUGUUGGCGUCUGGAAGAAGUACAGCCUCACAGUUGCAGUGAAAACAUUGAAGGAGGAUACCAUGGAGGUGGAGGAGUUCCUGAAGGAAGCUGCAGUGAUGAAGGAGAUCAAGCAUCCUAACCUGGUACAACUGUUAGGUGUGUGUACCCUGGAGCCGCCCUUCUACAUUGUGACGGAGUACAUGCCCUAUGGGAACCUGCUUGACUACCUCCGUGAGUGCAACCGUGAGGAGGUGACAGCGGUUGUUCUGCUCUACAUGGCCACUCAGAUCUCUUCCGCCAUGGAGUAUCUGGAGAAGAAGAAUUUCAUCCAUAGAGAUCUUGCUGCACGGAACUGCCUAGUGGGAGAAAACCACGUGGUAAAAGUGGCUGACUUUGGUUUAAGUAGACUGAUGACUGGAGACACCUACACUGCUCACGCUGGAGCCAAAUUUCCUAUUAAAUGGACAGCGCCCGAGAGUCUGGCCUACAAUACCUUUUCAAUUAAGUCUGAUGUCUGGGCUUUUGGAGUACUGUUGUGGGAAAUUGCUACAUAUGGGAUGUCGCCAUAUCCGGGUAUUGACCUAUCUCAAGUCUAUGACCUGCUGGAAAAAGGAUAUCGAAUGGAACAGCCUGAGGGAUGCCCCCCUAAAGUGUAUGAACUUAUGAGAGCAUGCUGGAGGUGGAGCCCUGCUGACAGGCCGUCUUUUGCUGAAACCCAUCAAGCUUUUGAAACAAUGUUUCAUGACUCCAGCAUCUCUGAAGAGGUGGCUGAGGAGCUUGGGAGAGCUGCCGCCUCGUCAUCUGUGGUUCCAUACCUGCCUCGAUUACCUCUGCUUCCUUCCAAGACUCGGACCCUGAAGAAGCAGGGGGAAAACAAAGAGAAUGUAGAUGGGGGUCUUGAUGCCUCCGAGAACCUGGCGUCCAGCUCAGCACCAGCAGGGUUCAUUAGAAGUGCACAGGCCUCCAGUGGGUCCCCAGCUCUGCCUCGAAAGCAAAGAGAUAAGUCACCUAGCAGCCUCUUAGAAGAUGCCAAAGAGACAUGCUUCACCAGAGAUAGGAAGGGAGGCUUCUUCAGCUCCUUCAUGAAAAAGAGAAAUGCCCCCACACCCCCUAAGCGCAGCAGCUCCUUCCGUGAAAUGGAGAACCAGCCCCACAAGAGAUAUGAACUCACGGGUAACUUCUCAUCUGUUGCUUCUCUACAGCAUGCUGAUGGGCUCUCUUUCACUCCCGGCCAGCAAGAGUCGAAUCUGGUGCCAGCCAAGUGCUAUGGGGGGAGCUUUGCACAGAGGAACCUCUGUAAUGAUGACAGUGGUGGGGGUGGGGGCAGUGGCACUGCUGGGGGUGGGUGGUCUGGCAUCACAGGCUUCUUUACACCUCGCUUAAUCAAAAAGACACUGGGCUUACGAGCAGGUAAACCCACAGCCAGUGAUGACACUUCCAAGCCUUUUCCAAGGUCAAACUCUACAUCUUCCAUGUCCUCAGGGCUUCCAGAGCAGGAUAGGAUGGCAAUGACCCUUCCCAGGAACUGCCAGAGGUCCAAACUCCAGCUGGAAAGGACAGUGUCCACCUCUUCUCAGCCAGAAGAGAAUGUGGACAGGGCCAAUGACAUGCUUCCAAAAAAGUCUGAGGAAGGUGCCGCUCCAGCCAGGGAGAGACCAAAAGCCAGACUCUUGCCCAGAGGAGCCACAGCUCUUCCCCUGAGAGCCCCUGAUCCAGCCGUCACAGAGAGUGACUCUCCUGGGGUAGGGGCGGCUGGAGUGGCAGCUGCCCCCAAAGGCAAGGAAAGGAAUGGUGGGACGCGACUUGGAGUCGCUGGAGUCCCAGAGGAUGGAGAGCAGCCAGGCUGGUCCUCUCCAGCCAAGGCCAUAGCUGUCCUCCCAACUACCCACAACCACAAAGUGCCAGUCCUUAUCUCACCCACUCUGAAACACACUCCAGCUGAUGUGCAGCUCAUUGGCACAGACUCUCAGGGGAAUAAAUUCAAGCUCUUAUCUGAGCAUCAGGUCACAUCCUCUGGAGACAAGGACCGACCCCGACGGGUAAAACCAAAGUGUGCCCCACCCCCACCACCAGUGAUGAGACUACUGCAGCAUCCGUCCACCUGCUCAGACCCUGAGGAAGAGCCGACUGCCCCGCCUGCAGGACAGCCCACUCCAGAAACCCAAGAGGGGGGAAAAAAGGCAGCUCCAGGGCCAGUGCCCAGUGGUGGGAAACCUGGGAGGCCAGUGAUGCCUCCACCUCAAGUGCCUUUGCCCACACCUUCCAUCUCGCCAGCCAGAAUGGCCAAUGGCACAGCAGGUACUAAGGUGGCCCUGAGAAAAACCAAACAGGCAGCUGAGAAAAUCUCAGCUGACAAAAUCAGCAAAGAGGCCCUGCUGGAGUGUGCCGACCUACUGUCCAGUGCGAUCACGGAACCUGUGCCCAAUAGCCAACUGGUGGACACUGGGCACCAGCUGCUUGACUACUGCUCAGGGUACGUGGACUGCAUCCCUCAGACUCGGAACAAAUUUGCCUUCCGAGAGGCUGUGAGCAAACUGGAACUUAGCCUGCAGGAGCUGCAGGUGUCCUCCACAGCUGCUGGGGUGCCUGGGACAAACCCUGGCCUUAAUAACUUAUUGUCAUGUGUACAGGAAAUUAGUGAUGUGGUGCAGAGGUAGCCAUUGUCAGCCUGGUGGGAAAUGUACACAUACCUGAGGGGAGAGGGAAAGGGACUCGGUUUCCUGUGUUCUUGUUUUUAAAAAGUGAAAGACUAAUACUUGAGUGUGUUUAUGUGAAGUACCUCAGAUCCCUGAAUUCUCACGUUUACAGGUUCAUCUCAAAAUAGCAAAAAAGGAAAUCACGUAAGUAGAUAAGUCCAUUUGGUGGAGCAGGGCAGUGUGGACAGAGUUGGAAACUGCACUGGGAAGUAAGGAGCAUCAUGUAUAUGUCCUAAAGUGCAGCCCUUCCCUGGAUGGACUAUCCUGUGGUGGUCCAUUGGGCUGUCUCAGUUGUUCUGUAGAUGAAACGGGCCUUGACCUGGCAGGUCCUGGGGGUGAUUGUGCUUCAGUUCACCACUCAGAUUCGAGGAGCAGGAAAAAGCAGAGUGAGGGAUGUAGCAGAUGUCUUACUAAAGGCUGUUGGACUUGCUUCUCCAUGGGUCAUUGCUGCUGUAGCAAGAACUGCAAAUUCGAUUGCUAGAACACUGAGCUAGGAAACGUGGCCCUUUCCAUCUGCGUUUGUCCUGUUUACCAUGGGUGCAUUAGUCGGUGCAGGAAGUAUAGAAUUCGAGGGACAUUUAGUCAGAUUGACACCUCCAGAACUCUUAGGGUGAUUAGCUGUCACCCCUCCCACUCUUCUAGUAUGUUACUUCCUAAUGGACCAGUGUCCACUUGCUGCUUCUUGGUGGCUCUCUGAAAACCACAGGCAUAGGGGGGCUUCUUAGUGGUUCUUCUCUGUCCCUUGCUGGCCAGGCUGUCUUCCUUUAUUUCUGGCAGCAUUCAGGGCAUUACCCAGCGUCAGUGUUGAAAACAGUGGUCACUCCAGGUUCUCAUGGGGAGACCCUCUGCCCCUGAAUACUGACGGGAUGGCCACUUAAGCAGCUGUGUACGUAUACUCUUUUUUGCAUUAAGUACCAAGGAGAUGCAGUACCUUUUUGGAACUGACUGGGCACAGAGCCCGAGACUGAGAAGAGAAGCUUGCUUGAUCCACAUGGCUACUUGCACCUUUCCCUUCCCUAAUCCCCACACUAAUCUGGGUGGACAGGGGUCUGAGAAGGCCUUUCACUAAGGGCUUGCCUCCACAGUAUUCUCACAUCCUUUUUCCUGCUCACAGAGCACGCCACCCCCUUGUCGAACUUGGUGGAGUCUGUGCUGGGAAUAUAUAUAUGUGUUGGGUUAUUUAUUUUGGUCUUUCACCUUUAUUUUAAGAGUGUAUUAUAGAAGGAGUGGAUUAUUUUCAGGGAGCACCAAUCAGACUAAAAAACCUAAGGCUUUAACCUGCAAAUAGGUUUUGCCUUUGAAAAAUAGGCAUUUCCCUUCCCUAAUUACAGUUAUGGAAGCUAAUAGGGUAACAAGGAGCAGAAACUUAAUACAAAUUGUUGAUGUUUUUGGUACUAGGUCUAAUUCCAGGGGUUUUUGUUUGUUUGUUUUUGAACUUUGUGAACACCCCUUUCAUUCCCCAAAGAGAACCUAAUACAGAAUAUCUUGAUUUUUUUUUUUCUUCUUCUUCCAAAAGAGUAUUAUUUAGGAAGAUGGGCAUUCAGCACUGAGCCAUGUUUUCCUCUUGACAUCGAUCCACCAUCAAGUAGCUGCCCCGUCUUUUGAUCUAUUAAUUGAAGGCAAUAGCCCUCAUUCUCAGGAGUGUUUUGCAGACUGAUCUGCAGCUCCCAUUGAGAGCCUCUCUGGAGAGCUCUUUGCUUACUGUUACGACAUUGGGUUGCUUCUCAUUCUCUCUGCUGAAUCACAACUAGAAAACUCUAGAACUGCUGUGCUUACAGUAACGGGGCCAGAAUCAUUUGGCAUCCUUGACCAAGGAAGAAAUUUAGUUUUCAUUAGAAUGAAAGACAAUUUGGGUGCUUAUCACUGUUGCUCGAAGAAGGCUCAGGGUAAGAGGAGGUUUGAGUGGAGGAGAAGGCUCCUGCAGGUGUUAGUGUUCGCACUCAGGAUCCGUUCUGCACAGCAGGGGUCAGGUCUGCGAUGGCCACAGUAGCUGGAAGCGAAUUUUCCCUCCUUCUUUCUGCACCACUCCCCACCAUCCUAUGCUCCUAUAAACUUGAAUCUGUUUUAGCAGUUAGCCUUGUAUGGGGUGAGGGGGGAGCUAAAAUUGGAGGCCAUUAUCAAUGCUACUUUUAAAGUUAAUCCCUGCCAUAAUGGGAUAUCAUAAGAGAUGAUUGUUGUUUUCAGGUUUGGGUCUUGUUUUGUUUGUUUGGUUGGCUGGCUGGCUGGUUGGUUGGUUGGUUUUCCCUUCAGAGUUCUGAAAACAGACUUGGAGAAACACUACUGAAUAUCUCAGCUCCCUGCUUUUCUCAGUCUGAGGGAUUGAGUCAAGGCCAAGUCUCCCUGAGGGCAGCACAGAUCUGUCCUGCUCCAAGUGGGUCAUCACUAAAUUCAUGAGUUGAACUGACCUUUUCCUCAACACUGUCAUGAGUAGCAUUAGCUGUUGUAGCACACUCCACAUGAUGCAUGAACUGCGUCGCUUUCAGGGAUUGAGCCCACAGGUCACAGAGACACUGUCAACUUGACAUGAAAGAAUUAUUUAGGGUUGUUUUUUCUUUUCUUUUAUCCACCUGCAAGGGACCAGCUUAAAAUCAAAAAAUAAAAACAAAAUCAGUAAAUUAAAAGGUUUGAAUCUAAAGCAGAGAAAACUGCUUUUAGAAACUGAAAUUGUAACUUAACUUUAUGUAGCCUGGAAAGAAAGCCGAUGGCAUCUCCUGCAGUCAUGUGAUGCAUGCAUGGCUUGCCACAGCUUUGGUAUGUUCCUAUACAAGUCUUGGGUUUUCAGUUGCAUUUCCCACCGUCAGGUGCUGCGUUCUGUAUUGAAUGUAUCCUAAGUAUGCUUCACAGGAAGCUUUUUGUUUUUAAGCUUUGGCUACAGUUUCAGAUGAUCCCCAUCAUGACGUUCAGAGAGAGAGUGAGAGACCUGAAAAUGGGCCCUUUUUAAAAGAUGUUUUGUAGUGGAUUGAACUGAAUUGAACAUGGUGCACCAAGCUGUGAUCUGGAGUCCUGACAUUGUGGUAUUUCUCCACCACACCUGCGGCAGCCUUGUGAGAUGCCAAGGCCAUAGACAAUCAGUGUACAUGGUGCUGCACACUUCUAAAGCACAGGCUCUAGUGGGCCCUAGCUAGCAAGGGCUUGGGUCUUGAGUACCAGUGUAGCCAAACAAGCCUUCAGUAGUAGAAGCAAGCAUAGUGCUAUCCUUCUAGACUUCAGCCACACAGAAAUCCGCACUUUGUAGUUUAAAAUACCAAUUUGAGUUGUUUCAAAACAAAAGAAAGGAAGGAAGGAAGGAAAAGAAAGCCAGUCCCUACAUUCCUUUUUUAUUCAAAAAGAAAUCUAUUGUUGUGUCAUUUUAAUGAUUGUUGGAUAGUGGGAAAGAACCUGGAGAAGUAAAUGCAAUUCAAUUAUAAAGUUGUAUUAUGAAUACCUGUAGAGGAUGAGCUGGCCUGGACCUGCAGCUGGAGAAUCCCCUCUGUAGUUUGCUACAAAAUUAUAUAUGAAACUGCUAAAUGAAUCUGUAGAGAUACUGCAAAUGUUUGCUAAUAGUGCAGAGCUGAGGAACUUGGGAAAAUUAGGGACCAGUUUUUUGAUUUCCUUCUCUUUAGGAGUUAGUAAAGUGGUGGCAUGUCAUCCUAGCAGAGAAGAAGCCGAGCCAAGAACAUCUCAAGUUUGUGACGAACCUGGGCUGCAGAGCGAGACUCGAAGGAGGGUGGGUUAGUUCCUUUGGAGCCCAGCAGCUUGUCCAGGCCCUGGAUUGGAAAGUGAAGGCCCUCUUUCUUCUGAUCAGUCAUCUAGUACAUGCUCAACUAGUAUCCUUGCUGUGAUCAGAGCAGACUCAUUUCCUGUUCGUGUUGAUAGUAUCUUUGUAAAACUAAUGUCCUGGGAGUUUGUGGGUAGAGAACUGAUGUACUUGGAGAAUUUCUAGAAUUUCUCUACCAGUUAUAAAUGAUAUUGACAUUUAUCAUCUCUCCUUUCUUUAAAAAAAAAAAAAAAAAAGUAGCUGGACUUAACUCGCCUAUUAGAUAAUCAUGUACUCAAGUAAAUUAUGUGCAGGCAGGCAACUUACAUCCAGCUGCACUCUAUAUUCUGACCUCCUGUAUUUUUUAGUAGAUCAUGUGGAGGUGACUUACAUCCAGCUGCACUCUAUGCUGACCUCCCCAUGUUUGCUGUCUUUGCUAGUGAUAUCAUUGUCAUCAUUAGGCCGUGUCGGCAGGGGAGUCAAAAUUGGGUUGACAGAGUCAUCUUUAUUUCUGUUCUUAAUGAUCUGUUUCAUUAUCUUGCAUGCAUUAACUUGCUUCACCUGGAUCUGGGACCCAUCUUUAUGGCCGCAGCAUCUGCUGUGACCAGUACUUUUUAUAUUUCCUAUCAGCUGCCUUGGCUUCGUCAAGUUGGUAGCCCAGUUCUUUGAAAAUGCCUGCUUGGGUUUUGGGUUUUGUUAGGCAUGCAGGAGCCUAGAGCAAGGCAGUUCCAAGGGAACCUGUGCACAGACUGGCAGAGGCAGCCCCAAGGUUCCUGUGGCUUCCAUACUGCGAGCCUUGCCUCCCGAGCAAAGAGGCGGGGCCUUGGGAUGCUUCUAAAACUUGGCCCACUCCUACUGUCUGAUGCAUAGAGUUCCAGUUUUCCAGCUUAGGGGUCAGAAGUGCUUGGAGCUCCUGUCAGCUGCACUAGUCAGCACAGCACAGCAGCCCAGCUUCACUGCUGUUGUCUGAGGUCCCACUACCCAGGAAGCUGGCUUGGUUCACCCUGCUCAAGAGCAUUGGCAGCUGGUUCCUGGCUCCAGUUUGUCUUUAUAAGGCCGCUGCUUUCCAUGCCGUGAUUGUCCCAUCUUGACUGUGUGUGCGAUGAUACCCCUUCCUUUUGGACUAGCUCUCUGCGUGACCCGGGAGGCCCCUGUGCUGUUCCCUGGAUAAGGUCUGGGGUAGCUUGUCUUGAUUAGAAGCUGACAGUGGCAGAGGUCAUGCUCAGAGGUUUGUGCCCUCACAGAUGGGCUCCCGAGUACUGUUGGAAGAAGUACUUGCCUGCUGGGCUGGUGUGUGAGUGUUGAACUAGAUCUGCUUGAAACAGGGUGCACCAGGCCUCCAAGCCCUUGUCAGUUCAGGAGACCUGGCCUUCCGGGCGAAAUGCCAGCUGGCAAAUUGCUGCUUCGCCUUUCAGCCCUUGUGAUGAGCUAGGGGAAGGAAGCCCCUUCCAGACCCAUCCUCCCUCCACACACACUUCCACUGCUCCAUGUACGCCUAUAAACCAGACUGUUCACCCCUGGUGCUGAUAAACCUGAACACAGUAGCAGAACCCUACCAGCCAGAGAGGACAGGUGGCACACUGGGUCUGCACAUCUGCCAUCAUCUAAGGGGAAAGGAAGUGUGUCCACUUCUCAGACGAUAGCAUCUUUAGGGAAGAAUGGAGCUGUCUGUGGGUCCUGAGUUACUCAGCUCUUCCCAGAGUACAGACCCUAAUCCUUAAGACAUGGGGGAGGCAUUGUCAAAUGCUAACAAGUUAGUGAAGGAAAUAGAGAGUUUUAUGGGUGCAACUUGCUUGGGCUUGUUUCUGAGGCCCUGAAUAGGAGUUGGACAUCUUGUUUUUAGGGACCAUACAAUUUAGUGGCGAGUAGGACUUAAUAACAAUCUCACACACAUAGUUCUUCCUUUCAGCAGUUUAUGGUUGAGUCAGAGACUACUGCAGAAGGCCGCGAUGCUUUAGGGUCACUAGUUCCCCACAUUAUGCCUGGUGUUCUGAAGACCCAUGUGUCUGUGUGUUGUGAAUGGUAAGAGUGCUGUUGGUCAGGGCCAGACGCACCAGCAUUCCUGCAUCUCCACGGCUAGCUUCCACUGAUCCCACCCCAACUCCAUCGUGAGAAGCAUUUGCUGAGACCUUGAGAAGUGACCUUCAGGAAAAUGAGUAUUCAGAAGCUAAUGGGAAGGGGAGGUACUGACCACACGGCCCCUGAUGCCCUCUCUGAGGCAGCAGCAGCUAUGCAGUGCGUGGGCUGCCCUGAACAGCUCCAAACACACUGCAUGCACAAAGGUGUCCUUCUGGACCUGCACUUUGUUUCCUUUGCAGCCGGAUUCUGUAAUGACUAUCAGUGGGGAAACCCCAUUUUGUGCUUGCUUGGUAAAAGUAAAUUUGAACAUUUUAUGGUGGUUGAUAGAACUUUGUCCUAAAACUUGCUAAUUCAGAUUCUUUAAAGCCCUAAUGUUUAUACCAAAGGUUACACGGCAGGUGUAGCUGGUGCACAGGGGGUGAAGCCCACCAUGGUGGGCCUUGUGUGCAUCGCUGAGGGGACACAGUGCCCAGUGAGACCAUAUGGGAUCUAACUAAAACGUGUUGGUCAUGGGUCACACUACCACUGUUGUCAAGUGUUUGUUCCUAAUGGUCACUGUAAUAGAUUUUCCAUAGUUUUUCUAAUUUAAUUCUCUCACUCUGUUGUCUGACUGUGAACUGCUAACAGUGUUAAACUUGAUGUAAAUAAAUGAUGCCCUUGGCGGGGACUGCUUCCUGUCGUAUCUCA